AUGACAAACGCCAUGGACGACAUACCGACGUCACAAGAUGCAAAGACCCUUGUCCCGUUGUCACUGAGUCUGGUAGCAAAGAAGGAAAAGAUCCUGCAAAUGGAGGCUAGCAAGCUUGAGAAACUACUACUUCAACGUAAUGAGAUGCUCUGUGGCUUGCGAGAAAGUCACGAGUACUUGCUUACGACAAAUGGACAGCUACAAGCAAGAAGAUGUUUAUAUCGCGAAAAGCUCGUGUCUCUUAGGACGCUGCUAGUAGCUAAUCCAGAGGCAAAUGGGGUAGACAAAGGUCGCCACAGCGACGCUAUUGGAAUGAACGAGUUGGAUGCAACGAGUGAGAAGUGUGGAAUGCUAAAGGAAAUAUUACUUGGACUGGUGGACAAGCAUGCUGGACUCGAACGACGGUGCAUGGAGCUUGAAGAGCAGACGUCUCGAGAGACGUUGGCUUUGAAAUCGAAAGAGCAACAACUAAACGAAGCUCGAAAUACUCUUGACCUGCUACGCGAAGAUAUUUGCUCAACUCAAUGGAACCUCGAGUAUGAUCAAGCUGAACUCGCUAAAGAAGAAAAGCGACUCAAUAUUAUUAGUCAAAGCGGGCAACAUGAAGCAGCAACUGUAGAAAAAGUCGACGCUACUUUGCGGUGCGAAAAGAACGCAGUUGAAGACUUACACAGAAGCUGGCAAAACUAUGAAGGCAUGAUCCAUGAAGAGCACCGCCAGCUUGUGAUUGAAAAUGAAAACGCAAUAAGUGAACAGCAAAAACUGCAGAUGUUGCUUGGAAGCAACGGGGCGACGUGCCCGGCUGAUGAGGAAGUUGUGCAGUCAGCUAAUGAUCUGAAAUUGCGGUUGCAACAUGUCAACGAAGAAGUGACUAGCGCCAAAUUCUUUCGACGGGAACUAGCUCUACGAAAGAAACAAGAAAAGGAAUGGCUAGCCUUCACGCAUUCCAGUAUCAAGGCAAAGGAUGAACAGCUCAACUGGCUGGAGUGCCAACGCGUGCACCUUGAAAAUGAGCAAAAUGAAGCAAAAAAGGUUUACGCUGCUGAAGAAGCCACUUACCAGACUUUUCUCAGAGAACAUAAAGCAGCAGUAGAUUCGUGUGAAAAUCAAAUUCGUGAUGCCGAACGACAACUAAAGACGACAGAGCGUGCCAUCCCUGCCCGCAAGAAGAAGAUAACUGCUAUUAACAAAAAAAUUGCGGAAAAGGCAAAAGUACUCGCGGAAUGGAAGACGAAAAUUUCCACAAACCAGGCGCAAGCGUCGAAAUCUGCAGCUACAAAAGAGCUUGUGCAUGCUGAAAUGCUGGCCAUACAAAAUGCAUUGGAGCAAGCUUGCCUCAGUGUUCAACGCACGAAGCAACUUCGAACUACACAAGAAAUGGAAACCGAAGAGUUGCGCUCAUCUUGCGCGGUAUUGGAGUCUGAAAUUCAGCAAUUACACAAGACGUUGGCAACGUUGAAGGAUGAUAUUGCUGCAGCUCAAACUGCCGUAAAAAAUCGUGUCGACGAAAUACGUGACAAGUUCUUAAGCACCUUCGUCGUUGAGGACGCUGGAAAUUUGAUUGAGCUGUUGAAUAAGGAGAUCGCAAACUGGACAACAAAAGAUACCGACGGAGCAAUUUCUAAUGCGUUUGCUAUCCAGAUCAAAGUGCUACAGCAGAGAUACGAUGAUCUGUCGGCCAACACGCGCAAAAGAUAUGAUAAAAUUUUGCUACAGAAGGAAAGGCAGUACAACACAAAGUUAAAAAUGCUAAACACUAAGGCCGCCGAGAAGAAACAGAAGCUUGCAGUUGUCUCUUUGAUCAGCAACAACCAACUCACGGGCAAUAAAGCUGUAGUGAAGAAUUCGGUUUGCAAGGAAGCUUUGUCUGCGACGGGCCAUAAGCCUGAAGUGGAUCCUUACAGCGUGGAGAUUACGCCAAGCGAAGAUGACACCAACGAAACCGAAAAAAAUAAGUUUGACCCAUUCCGGAAGGAGCACACAAACAGCGAUGGUACCAACAGCGAGGUCCCAGCGCAAUCUUCUUCAAAGCUGGCGCAAAAAACGACGAAAGAAGUGCAGAAGCUAGCUCCAAAGUCCGUCCGACGUCAACUCGCACCUGGCUUAAACUUGGUGGACCAGUCGCCCCAGACGGACAAAGAACUGACCGACAAUUUCGCCACCAACUCCAUAGCUGUGGUAGCAGCAACGAAGGCAACCGAUCCUAGUGGAUUGACAGUCUUGACGCAACGCAGACAAAGCAGUGAUAAUGGAGCACGUCAAUCACGAUUGAAGCGGCGCACACCAGCGCAGAAGGCGGGAAAUCCACCAGCAAAGACCGCAAGUAUCACACCAGAAGCUGCACUGCCUGCAAGUAUUGCAGACAGCAUGUCCACUUGUGCUCAACCGAAUCCUGCCGUCGAACUAUCAAGUCAAAGCUCUGUUUAUUCUCCAAUCGGCUGCGAUGAUGACCACGAGGCAUUACAAUUCACGCGAGAUGCAGGCGAUGCUGACGUGACAAAGCAGAUGUCCAAUACAGCAGUGCUCUUUUCAGCAAGCCAAGCCGCCGCUAAAAAGCCACAGCUAAAAAAGGUGGGUCAGCACAGUAAAAUUACCGCCAAGCGUCGCACUUCAACAAAGGUAACGCACCUAUCACGCCCGAAGGUGAAGAAAGUCAACCGCGUUUCUAUCGGACGCUCACAAGCCAACGUGCGUACCGUGGACUGGUCCGCUACAGAUUCCUUUACCUUCGACUGA